AUGUCUACACCAGCCGAAAUUGCAGCAGAGUCGCUGCGCUCGAAACAGAAGCCCCUCAAGGACCAAUACCGUUCUGACCCAUCUUCGGCGUUCAUCACAUUGAAUUCCUCGGGCGACCUUGAUCCAACAUCGACUUCACUUACCUGCAACCUGGCCUCCGCCGGCGCUGCCCAGAAGAAGGUGGCCGGACUCCACAAAUUAGCGGGAGGUGAAGGCUUUGACGCAAGUGGGGAACUGUGUUCUGGAGACAUGCUGUUAGAAAGUCUUGUGGCAUGCUACGGUGUAACUGUCAGAGCCGUAGCUACGGCCAUGGGCAUCGCAAUCCAGGGCGGCACGGUCAUUGUUGAGGGCGACCUUGACUUUCGUGGUACGAUGGGCAUUAAAGGUGAAGAUGGGGCUCAAGUACCAGUUGGGUUCCAGGCCAUCCGCCUCAAAGUCCGACUCGAAGUUGGGUCCGAGGACAAAGACAAAGUCCAGAAACUGAUCGAGUUGAGCGAACGGUAUUGCGUCGUGCUGCAGACACUGAAGAAGGGAGUCGAUGUUGAGGUCAAGCUUGGCCAUAUCGGAAAGCCUGUUCCCGACGCUCGAAGCGAUUCUCAAGCUCAUGAGGAUGGAAACGGACAAGGCGAGGGCAUGGCGCCGGCAGUUGGGAACGAGGAUGUCUUGAAGCUGAAUUAA